AUGCGAAUUAGGAACAAAGCACUGAUGAUCACAUCCAAAACGUCACUUGGGGGCUUAUCUGAUCAUAAACGGUUAGGGACGGAAGGAGCUUCCUUUGGCUUCCAGUUUGGACAGGACAGCCUGCGUCACGGGGCGUUGCGGGCUUCCUCGCACAAAGCAACUUGCCGACAGCCCUCAAAGAGGCUAAAACGUGAAAAGAGUAGUUUAGUAAACUCAGGUUUACAGGAACUUGUGUCGGGAAGUGAAGGUGUUCCCUCGGCAAGGGAACGGGCGGAAACAUCUGAUGAAGACGUGGAAGGCUCCGUCCAUGAUCAUCUGAGGCUAGAAAGCAAAGGCAAUAAUGGCCCAACGGUUAAUGAAGACAUACGGGGGAAUGGAAACCAUGUUUCCAUAAAACCCUCAGCACUGAAAGCAAGUAGUUGCCCACCCAAGACAGAAAGUGAUGGCACUCUUGUGCAGAACCAGGACCUCAGUGUGGACGAGGAGAGUAGCUGCGAGAGUGCGGAGUCGGCUGAAUCCGAGCUAGAACCUGCAGAUCUCCAAAAGAAACCGUUACAACUGGAUAAUAACACUUUUUUAGAUGAAGACAGUAAUCAGCCAAUGCCAGUGGACCGAUUUUUUGGAAAUAUUGAGUUCAUACAGGACCUGCCAGCAGCUGCACUCCCAUGCACCGCAAUGAGCAGAAGAGAGUUUAGAAAGCUCCACUUCAUUGCAAAGGAAGAUGAUGACGAUGAUGAUGUACUUUAAGCAGAGAAUGUAUAAAAUAUAUAUAUUUUAUGAGACAGAAUAUUUACUGAAAUAUUACGGUAAGCAUUGCCAUCUGCUGUACUUCUCCAACAUGACUUCUUUCUACAGGUUCCUUUCCCCGGAGAGAAAUUCUAGCAGGGUUUGCUUCUAAGCUAAUAUUAGACAUUUUACAAAAUUCAUAGUUGAAUGUGGAAAGAGGAAUGUAUAUUUUAAUGGAUAUGGAAAUAAUGAGUGACUGUUGCAAGAUUUACAAGCCAUAUCAAUUCUUUUUACCAACUGCAUAAAAUUAAAGCACUUGUUUUAUUAAACAGCUCAUUUCCUUUAUUUGUUUCUUUGCUGGGAACAAAAUUCUAUUAAGCAAAUUUGGGUUCAUUCAUGAAAUAGAAAUGAUCACUGUAAGGUUUCUUUUAAAAAAACAAAACAGAUGUCUAAGAACAAAAUGUGUGCACUUGUGUAAAUUCUGUGGUUCUCUACUAGUCUCUAGUAAAUCCCAAAAGAGAUUAUCAGGUUGCCCUUAUGUCUAGAGUUAAAUAGUUAAUUCAUUGCUAAAACUUACUAGCUUGCAACAUUGAAACGGUAGUUCUUUCGGUAAAAUAAUUCUGUGCACAUGCCAGUUUAGGUUCCUUUUUAUGGUUUGUUUGUUUUCUUAGGGUUUUUUGUUUUAUUUUCCUCUGGGUUAUAAAAUAGCAUGUUAUCAAUAGCUUUGAAGGUUUUUAUUGUCUAGAAAUUCAGCAAACAUCUAAAAUAUGAGCAGCAAGAUGGACCUGCUUUCCUUCAUAUCACCAGUGAUUCUGCUGGUUGUAUAUUGCCCUCAUUUGUACUCGGUGCUACCCUGUCAUCUUCAGUUAGUUUGCAGAUUUUACUGAUCAUGUAGUCAUAGAAAGUUAGGGUUGGAAGGGACCUUAUCUAGUCCAAACUCCUUCUCAAAGCAGGACCAUCCCCAACUAUAUCAUCCCAGACAAUACUGAUAGGUUAGCAAUUCCGUUCCUAAUACUUAAGAAGGGGGGAGGAGAUCCUUUAUCUCCAAGCUCUCCAGUAAAUCAUUGGUAAGUGAAUGACCAUGUUUUUUAAUCAAGAGCAGGCCUGCAAAAUACACUGUUGUGUUUUGAGUAGUUCUGGAAAAUAAUUAGCACCUUCAGAUGACUUCAGGAAAACUGCUAAUUCCUCUAACAUUCAUGAUAACACUUCCUUGAAACUGGUAAUUAUGCAAUAAACUUGCAGGACUUUAUUUA